AAGAUAACUAGAUUAUAACAAGAGAGUCAUUAGCAUUAAUUCGCCAGCUACUACUAAAAAUUUAGUUACGUAAUUUCUUCUCGCAAUUAUUGGCUUUUAUAUAGAAUUAAUUUAUUCCAGUUACAAAAUGAAUCCAUUACUCGUCAAAUACAUCGUCAAAUGAUGUUAAGUCUCAUAGACCUAAAUGCCCUUAUUUAGAUCUACAAGAUUAUUUAAAAUAGAACGCAAAUUAUAAUAUAGUUCUACCAGCCAGUGUUCCAAGUGAACAAUAUUAAUAUAUGAACCUUUGCAAAACAGACUGGAGCCCAAAAAAGCAGCAGUCCUAUUUUUCAUUAAAUAUGAUGCUCCAAUAUUCAAAUUUAAUUCCAAAAACUCUCACUACUGUUUAAAUAAAGAAAGAAUAAUUGUUACUGACUUUUAAUUUUUUAACCACGUUUAAGUUUCUUUGUACAGAUCCGCAUCCACAUCCACGGAUAAAAGCCUUAUAAAAUCCGUUAUCCGCAGAUGCGAAAAAAUUUGCAUCCGCAACAUCCUAGACUAAUCCAUAGAUUAAAAUGUGGGAAAUUUUUAAAAAAAAAAAAAAAAAAAGACUUGUCAACAUAAUGUCAAAAUCAUAGAGUAAAUAAGUACAUUUUGUUCUCAAAUCAAAAUGAAUAAUUUUGCUCAUCACAUUUGCUCUACAUUUUCUUGAGAUAAAAGUAAAUUAUUAUGAAGAUCAUAAAAUGCUAAGUUACUAUGAACAUUCGUCAUUCUUAAGAAUCGGCAUACGAUUUAGGUGUGUCUAGAUGCCAUAGCAGUUUCUGUAGAAUGAUAACUAGUUGUAUUUGACGCUAUUUAUUUAUCAUUCUAUCAUGGGUAACCAAAAUAGCUGUUGUUGUUACCGCAGUCCAUCACCUAUCAGAAAAGACAUCGUUAAGCUAGAAGAUUACCUUCCAGAAGGUGAAGUAAGUUCUAAUAAUAUUCAACAUAUUAGUGAAAGAGAACCUGAUGAUGGAGACAUUGAUCCUUCUCAGGAUCCAAUCGCAGGGACGAUUUUUAUGGAAAGAUCUAAAGCAUCAAUUGAAAAUGGAAUAACCAGAAAACGUAGUCAACAUCAAAUCGCUGACAAUAAGCUCAAAAAAAGCAGUUCCUGUUCCACAAUUUACUUAGAUGACAGUACUGUGUCACAGCCAAACUUAAAAAAUACUGUUAAGUGUGUUGCACUUGCUAUUUAUUAUCACAUAAAGAACAGAACCUCUGAGCGUAGAUUGGAUAUAUUUGAUGAAAAACUCCACCCAUUGUGCAAAGAAGGAGUCAGUGAUGAUUAUGAUAAAUAUAAUCCAGAGCAUAAACAGAUAUAUAAAUUUGUUAGAACUCUUUUCAAUGCUGCUCAACUGACAGCAGAAUGUGCUAUUAUUACAUUGGUGUAUUUGGAACGACUGCUCAUUUGUGCUGAACUUGAUAUAGCUCCAUCAAAUUGGAAAAGAAUAGUAUUGGGAGCAAUUUUAUUGGCAAGUAAGGUGUGGGAUGAUCAAGCAGUAUGGAAUGUGGACUAUUGUCAGAUACUAAAAGAUAUAACUGUGGAGGAUAUGAAUGAAUUGGAACGUCAAUUUUUAGAAAUGUUGCAAUUUAACAUAAAUGUACCAUCUAGUGUUUAUGCUAAGUAUUACUUUGACUUACGUACACUUGCUGAAGCCAAUGACCUUGCAUUUCCUAGUGAACCACUUAGUAAAGAGAGAGCACAAAAAUUGGAAGCUAUGUCAAGAGUCAUGGAAGACAAAAUAGCUGCUGAAAUGGUUAAAAAUGGAAUAAAAAAAUGGUCAAGCUUGGACAAUGUUAACUCAGGUGCUGGUGUUAGGAGGAGUGUGGCCAUAUUGUCAUAAUAUGUUGAUUAUGACAUCAGCAAACUGAAUGAGACGUACACAUAACACAAAUUACAGAGGCAACAUUUGUGUAUUUUGUAUAAGAAUGUAUUUAGAAGUUUUGCACCAGGUAUUUUUUUUAUAUAUGCAUGAGAUUUAAUGACUAGUUGCCAAGUUUUUAUGUUGAAAUCUCCUUUAAAUAUAUGAUGACUGGAUGACUGGUACAGUUUUAUGUAUACAUUUAGUUUUUAUUUUAUACUAGUUAAACAAUGCAAAUGCUGUGAAAAUGGCUAAGAAUUUAAAUUAAAUAUAUUGCAUUGUCACAUUAUAUAGUCUUUCUCACAAAUUAAUUACAGCACUUAUGAUAGUCACUAUUAAUUAAAGACUUGUAUGUGGUCCAAUUAAUUGGUUUUUACAUAAAAUAAUUGCCAAGUUGCUAAUUUAAUGUUUAUAAUCAUUGUUCGCUUUCAUUUUAUUUUGUAUCUUUUAUUUAACACAAUAGAAGCACUAAGAUUAUUAAAUAGGUUGCUUCCAAAUGUAUGCUAAUUAGUAUAUAUGUAGAUAUAAUAGGAUGUGUAACAAAAUUUGACUGAUAUAAGGAUCUUGUGAUUGUGGUACGAAUGUUUUAUGUAGUCAACAGCUGUUUUUAAUAUAAUUUUACACUAAUGUAAUGCAUUUAGAACUCUGAUCUAGUUAUAAAAUAUAAAAUUAUGCCAAAUUGUUAUUUUUUAUUACAAAUUAUAUAUGAUCUGUAAUAAACAGAUAAUAUGUUUCAGCAAUUAACAAUAAGUAUUUGUAAUAAGUCAAUUUAUGCCAAUUUUAUUUUUGAACAAUGUGAAUGAAUACAAUAUGUCAUUAUUAAGAAUGUGAUUGAAAUACUUAUACAAUCCAUACUUUAUGUAUCGUAAUGUAAUUAAGCAGAAAUAAACAUUUUAUAUGAGACUUUUAA